GAGUUUGUUACGAAAAUUUUAUGGUUUAUAGAUAUUUCAGGAGAUUCCAAAAGUACUACGAGGAAUUACGAACCCAUGCACACUCAUUUUUGAAGAAAAACUGCAAGAAGGCAUCCCGAAUGUCCGGAACCAGGAAAGCACUGAUAUGUACUGGUACGCGAUAAAUCCGACGACGAGAAGGAUUUGCAAAGUGCGCGAAUACAGGUCAAUGAUUGUACUGGCAGUGGCAGUGGCAGCGGGUGCAUUGAUAGGCAUAUGCGCCAUAUGCCUGUGCUACAUGCGUCAUCGGUUGAAGCAGUGCUCGAGGCAUAAUUAUCCACAAUUCAGUCAUAUCCAGAAAUUUGAUAGUAUAUUUUUGCCGAGUCCACCAACGGGAAGUUCCCACGAUAUGCUUUAUGAAACUCAGAUGCUCGAAAUGCCAGUUGGCGAAGACGAUGCAAUGAUGAAACCAGCGGAUGCAAGACGAGGUGCCGGAAACGGAGCGAUGUUAUCCAGUAAUUAUAAUAUUAACAAUGAUCAAAGCUACAAAAAUUAUAGCCAAAACGGACUUGUCAACGAGGCCACUGAAGAUGCCAUGUAUGCGUUCCACGGACAAACACGAAUUAAUCACCAGUAA